GUCGGGGGAGACGAGGCGUCGGGCGGCCUGGCCCUGUGCGGCACGCAUGGCGGGUGCAGGCACGGCUGUGUGAGUCUCGGAGGCCGCGGCCGUGGCGCUGGGCGGCGGCGGGGCCGGGCCGGGUCCGCUCAUGGUGCCGCCACGACGCCAUCGCGGGGCAGGGAAGCCAGGUGCGCUGCGUUCUUCACCUCCCUGGUGGUCAGGCCUUGCUUUUGAAGAUCUCAGACAGGCCCUUAAAACAAGACUCCAAAUGGUGUGCGUAUUUAUCAUGAACCGCAUGAACUCGCAGAGCAGCGGCUUCACUCAGCGCCGGCGGUUGGCCCUCGGGAUCGUUAUUCUGCUGCUGGUGGAUGUGAUAUGGGUGGCCUCUUCGGAACUCACUUCGUAUGUUUUCACUCAGUACAACAAGCCAUUCUUCAGCACCUUUGCAAAAACAUCCAUGUUCGUUCUUUACCUGGUGGGUUUUAUUAUUUGGAAGCCAUGGAGGCAGCAGUGUACAAGAGGAUUUCGAGGCAAGCAUGCUACAUUUUUUGCAGAUGCUGAAAGUUAUUUUGCUGCUUGCACCACAGAUACAGCUAUGACUAGUUCUUUGAGUGAGCCUCUGUAUGUUCCUGUGAAGUUUCAUGAUCUUCCGAGUGGAAAACCUGAGGGCACGAGCGUCGAUACUGAAAAAACUCCCAAAAAGUCUCGUGUAAGGUUCAGUAAUAUCAUGGAGAUCCGACAGCUUCCAUCAAGCCAUGCAUUAGAAGCAAAGUUGUCUCGCAUGUCAUAUCCUACUGUGAAAGAACAAGAAUCCAUAUUGAAAACUGUGGGGAAAUUGACUGCAACUCAAGUAGCAAAAAUCAGCUUUUUUUUUUGCUUUGUGUGGUUUUUGGCAAAUUUGUCUUAUCAGGAAGCACUUUCAGACACACAAGUUGCUAUCGUUAAUAUUUUGUCUUCAACUUCUGGUCUGUUUACCUUAAUUCUUGCUGCAGUGUUUCCAAGCAACAGUGGAGAUAGAUUUACCCUCUCAAAAUUAUUAGCUGUAAUUUUAAGGUUCAAUAAAGAAGAAUAUGGAUAUGAAAUUCAGACUUUCAUUGGAGGUGUUGUGCUGGUAAACCUAUCAGGAUCCGAAAAGUCUGCUGGAAGAGAUACAAUAGGUUCUAUUUGGUCCCUUGUUGGAGCCAUGCUGUAUGCCGUUUAUAUUGUUAUGAUUAAGAGAAAAGUAGACAGAGAAGACAAACUGGAUAUCCCAAUGUUCUUUGGUUUUGUAGGUUUAUUUAAUCUGCUGCUCUUAUGGCCUGGUUUCUUUUUACUUCAUUAUACUGGAUUUGAAGAUUUCGAGUUUCCAAAUAAAGUAGUAUGGAUGUGCAUUAUUGUUAAUGGCCUUAUCGGUACGGUUCUCUCAGAGUUCCUGUGGUUGUGGGGCUGCUUUCUUACCUCAUCAUUGAUAGGCACACUUGCACUAAGCCUUACAAUACCUCUGUCCAUUAUAGCUGACAUAUGUAUGCAAAAGGUGCAGUUUUCUUGGCUGUUUUUUGCAGGCGCUAUCCCAGUUUUUUUUUCAUUUUUUAUUGCAACUCUCCUAUGUCAUUAUAAUAAUUGGGAUCCUGUGAUGGUAGGAAUCAGAAGAAUUUUUGCCUUUAUUUGCAGAAAACAUCGAAUUCAGAGAGUUUCAGAAGACAGUGAACAGUGUGAGAGCCUCAUUCCUAUGCAUGGUGUGUCACAGGACGAUGGAGCUAGCUAGCUGUUGCCUAGAGCCCAGCUUGAUCGGGGAACAUUAUGCAGUGAAGAGACAAUCUCUGGCAAGUUUUUGUAGAAAAAUGCUUCAGUGCCUAGUCUGAAAAAUAACAGUUUCAGUUCUUUGAAACUCUAAAGUAUAUUUUCCUCUUAUCUGUUUUCUUCAUUUUCGUAAUGAAGUACUUUGCUGUGUAGCUGGGUCACAUGUCACGGAGUGAUAGGGUGUUGGAGUCCACAGUCCAUCCACAGGACCAACCUGCCUUACACAACCAGGGAGUUAGUCAGCUGGUGAAAUCAGUCCAACUCAUCACGGAAGAAAAUCCUAAUGUUCGGGAGACCUUAUUUUACCUUUGUUAGAUGGUGGACUGUACUACAAAAAUAUUUUCAAGAAAGCAUUUGUGUAGAUCGAUGUUUCUGGCAGGAAAAAUGCUGAAAAUAAGCUGGCUGUUAUAGGUACGGAUUAUCUUUUAGUUUUGUGAAAUAUUGCCAAUUAACUACACAAAAAAAACUUGUCUAGUUUAUGCAUCAAGUAUGUUCAUGCAAAUUUGAUUGAACUUGAAAGAGAAUAAAUAUUUGAACAGAUCUGGUUCACUUACACUACAUAUACUGUAUUAUCUUUUCAUAGCAUUAGGUGCCUUGUAUUUUAAAUCUGUGACAAACCAUGACAAAUUUUUAACGUCAUAUGAAGAAUUAUGUAUUUCUAAAGAUUGUAUUGUUGUAAAUUUAAUUGAUAAAGCUCUGUUUAAUUUAGAGUUUUGAAGAAAUAUUCUCUCUUCAAUUAAAACAUUUUCAUAAUGGAAUGAUUUAAAUUGAAGUCAUAAAGAGUAUUAUUAAAAUAAAAUGUUUAUAUAUGU